AUGCCAUCAGAACUGCUCGACCGCGUAGAGAAAUGGGCUACUGAGACGCCUACCAAGACAAUGCUAUCAUUUGCAGAUGAUAAGGGAAUUGUGACGGCAUCACUCACUUGUGCGGAGCUCAACCGACGCGUGCAAAAUCUUGCGUGGCUUCUUGUGGCCUCUACAGCGCAGCAAAGCAAAGGACUGGGGUUGAAGUCAGGAGAUCGAGUGUUGCUGGUGUAUCCUCCGGGAUUGGACUUUAUAGUAGCUUUCCUAGCUUGUCUGAAAGCGGGGGUUGUAGCGGUGCCCGUGUACCCACCAGAUCCCCGAAAGAUGAAGAAAGAUAUCAGCAUGUUUGUGGCGGUGACGCAAAAUUGCCAGGCUCAAACGGCGCUCACGUGUUCGAUGUACUACAACGUGAAGAAAAUAUCGGCCAUGAAGGAGAAGUUGUUGCUGUCAAAUGCUACUCAGUGGCCAGAGGAUUUGUCGUGGGUCGUGACGGACGAUUUGGUAUGUACCAAGGGGAUCGACCCGGCGAAACAUUGGCUUACUCAGUCGCCUUUUGCCGAAAGCACAGCAUUUUUGCAGUACACAUCAGGAUCUACGUCUGCUCCAAAGGGAGUGGUGCUAUCGCAUGGCAAUCUAAAUCACAAUCUGAGCAUUAUUAGCUCAGCACUUCAUGCUGGACGAGAUACGAUAGUAGUGUCGUGGUUGCCGCAAUACCACGACAUGGGACUCAUCGGUGCCUAUCUAGGCACCAUCUUCAAUGGUGGAACGGGUGUGUACCUAUCACCUUUCAGCUUUAUUCGUGACCCGUGUCUAUGGUUACGACUAGUUUCUAAGCAUCGUGCGACACACUUGCAGGCUCCAAACUUUGCCUACUCGCUUCUUGCAAGGAAGUGCGACCGACUUGCUGCUGGGGUCGAUAAUGGGGAGCACAUUAAUCUGUCAAGCGUGCAACACAUGAUUAAUGGGGCUGAACCUAUUCAGGGCGAGACCAUCGACAGUUUCUACCGUGCUUUAUCGCCUUUUGGUCUAAGGAAUGACGUUGUGAAGCCUACGUAUGGGCUUGCAGAGCACACUGUGUACGUCUGUGGGGGCGGAAAGCAACGACUGUGGGUUGAUAAAGAGGCUUUGGAAUAUGACGGCGUUUUUAGAGUGGUGGAGAAGCCCAUGGCAUCUGGAAUAGGGAAGGAAAUGGUCGGCUGUGGUGUGCCAUCGCGAAAAGACUACGGCAUCGACGUCCGCAUUGUUGACGCAGAAACAGGGGAGGAAAAACCGGACGGUGAGACUGGCGAGAUUUGGAUUUCAAGCCCCUCAAAAGCGCAAGGCUAUUAUGGUGACGAAAUGAGUGAAAUCUCGGCCGAAGCGUUCCAGGCCAAGGUAGCCGGUGACAAUGAAGGCAAAAUGUUUCUGAAGACGGGCGAUAUAGGUGUGAUUUACGACCAAGAACUAUUUAUUUGUGGUCGUAUGAAGGACCUGAUUAUUAUUCGCGGUCGUAACCAUUAUCCUCAGGACUUGGAGACUACGGCGGAAUCUCACCAAGAGCUUCGACCAGGUUGCUGCGCUGCAUUCUCGUAUGUGGUUGGAGGAAAUAAUGACGAGGAAAAGCUGGCAGUAAUUGCAGAGCUUCGGGAUCCUACGAUGACCAGCAAAGCGAGUCUAUGUGUAAAAAUUCGUAGCGCGAUUGCACGUGAGCACGGCGUCAAGGUGACCCUGGUUGUAUUGCUUGCUCCGCGCGCAAUUCCAAAGACAACAAGUGGCAAAAUUUCGCGGUCGCGAUGCAAGAAGGCUCUCGAAGAGAAGACAUUAGAGGAGCUGUACCGCAAUGAGGAUAUAAUUGCCGAUGUUCCGGCGGAGGACGACGGACGUGAUGAAGCUGUGGCUGGCGGCGAGUCCAUGGACCGAAGCGUCAAUGGUCCUCGCGUUGUUACGAGCGGUGGUGGUGCAGCCAAGUCGAAUCUGCCAUUAGUGAUCACCGGCGUGCGGCCAGACGAAGUGCACACAUUUUUAGUAAACGAACUGGCUCACGCUGUAGGCGUGGAGGCCGCACAAAUUAACGACAACACGCCACUACAGGAGUUAGGUCUGGACUCUAUGGCAUUGACGCAGCUACAAGGUGUGAUUGCGCAGAAGUACCAGGUGCAUGUCGAGGAAGAAUUGCUAUAUAGUGAGUCGACUACGCUUGCGAGCUUGCACGCUGGGCUGUGCGGUGACGCAUCUGGUAACAGGACUGGGGCGAGUUCUGCCGGUGCUCCAAAGCAAAAGCUAUUUUGUGGAUGCAUUGCAUGCUAG